CCCAAUAUGCUUCGCUAUUACCUAUCAUUAUCAUUAAUGAAAUAUUUGGGUUACGUGUAUUUGAAUUGAAAGGACGAUUACGAUAUGGCUGGAGUAUAAUAUACAUUGGCAUAUGCAUCAUUCUAUAUAGUAUAUUUCUAAAUGCAAUAAUAAAUACAGAUUAUAAAAAUUGGCUUGCAUACCAAGAGAUCAUUUAUAAACUAACAAUAUUUAUUAAUAUUAUAUGCGUUAUGAUUUUUAUAGUUCUUGGAAUGCUGAAUACAGAAAUCCUUAAACUUUCACAUGAACUUAAUCAAGCAUAUACUUAUCAAAUUUUAUUAGACUUAAUAGUGCAAUUUUUAUUAAUACUUUGUACACUUUAUAAUUUAUAUUUUUAUUUAAAAUCAUUCAACAUAUCAGAACCAUUAUCAAAUAUAGGAAUUAUAGGAUUUUUAAUAUGGAUUUCUCUGAAUUUAAUAAAAAUUAUUUUUAUAAAUAAUCAUUGUACUAAUUUGUAUCGUGAGGUACAAAUAACAGCAUAUUUACUUCGACAAUUGGAAAUUUGCUAUUUAGAUAAUUCUAUUAGAGAUGAGGUGCAACAAUUUUCAUUACAAGUUCUUCUUCAUCCUUUAAAAUUUACUGCUGGUGGUUACAUUCUUAAUAAUAAAUUAUCAACAAUGUUUUUUGGUAAUAUAAUGACUUCUAUUAUUAUAUUAAUACAGAUAAUUAUAACAACUUAUUGUGGUCCACAAACAGAGCAAUAA